AUGUCCGCCUCACGAGCAGCUCUUUCGUUAAUAGAGUCAGCCAUUAAAAAACAUAAUGUCGUCGUGUUCUCCAAAACAACAUGCCCGUUUUCAGCUCUAGCCAAGAGGAUUUUAAGUGAGGCAGGAGUUGAGGAGAUGAAAGUUUACGAAAUCGAACAAAGGCAAGACGCUGCGGAGAUCCAGGUGAGAAUAUGGAAAGUUAGCCAUUUAAGAGACAAAAUGAAAAUGGUGAUGAAAAUUUAUAUAGUAAUGGUUUGCCGAUAGAAAUCUUAAUACUUUGGGGUAUUUACCAUGAUUGUACCAAAUGCAUCAGUCAAUUCCGAUCUCGCUCCCAGCUGGAAGUAUACAUGUAACUUCUUAUUAAUGUGCAGAGUAUUCAUUCCUUGAAGCCCCAGUAUCCUCAUUCAAAUACAUGUACCCCAGACAGAUUUCCAUACAUAUUUUCUUUAAAGAGUUAGUUGAGAGAAUUCAUCAAAGGAUCAAUGCAUUUUCCCUUAAGUGAUCUUUUUACCAAUUCUCAUAACAACCUUUUCUUUUGAUUAUACAGUCAAACCUGUAUUAAGCAGUCACCCUUAGGGAAUGGCUAAGUGACCGCCCAAUACAAGUUGACCGCCCAAUACAGGUUGCAAGAAAUACAGUUCAAAAUUCGAUCUCCAGUGCUGAUCAAAUCAGACGUUUGCCCUCAAAUAGAAAUAUUCAUUUCCGGCAUUUUAAUGAUUUGCGAAAAUAAACAAGAAAAUCAAUUGUUGUACCAGGUGUGUUAGAGUAUUAAUAUUUGAAACUGUAUGAACAAGUAAUUGACACCGUGUGACCGUUUAAUACAGGUUAAGACAAUGAGACUUCGCAAAUGGUGACCGCGAUCGCUUAAUAGAGUUGACCCCUUAACAGAGGUUGAAAUUACAGUACAUCAAGAGAAGAAUUUUCGGGAAUUUGAAAACUGACCGCUUAAUAGCGGGUGACUGCUUAAUACAGUGCCGCUUAAUACAGGUUCGACUGUAGUGAUAUUGCUGAGAAAAUAUUGAUGUUGGUCAAGGGUUCAUGCAAUCAAUGAGGCAAGCAUAAUUUCAGCAACCCACUCUAAACACUUCAAACUGAAAAUCUUCAGAUUACAAAUGAACCUCCAUUAAAGCAGCCACCCUUGGGUUACUGGCAAGUGGCCACUUAUUGGAGGUUGGCCACUCAAUAGAGGUUCAUCAUAAAUAGAGUACUAAAGUGUGAUAUGUGUACUAAAGUGUGAUAUCAUAAAAAUGAAAUUUCUGGAAUUAUGGGAUUUGUCAGGAUGUUCUGAAAGAACAAUGUCCAAGAGGCCUACUUGCCAAAAAUGAGCAUUUCGGGGCAAAUUGUCUGUGAGAUCGUAGCCCAGUUAUGCUUAGAAAACUCCAUACAAACCCUUUUAAAUUUUUUUGGAUUGACCCCCCAAAAAAUUAGAAGGGUUUGUAUGGAGUUUUCUGAGUAUAACCGGCUAGCAUCUCAGAGACAAUUUGCCCCGAAAUGCUCAUUUUUGGCAAGUAGGCCUCUUGGACAUUGUUCUUUCAGAAUAUCCUGACAAAUGCCAUAAUUUCAGAAAUUUCAUUUUUAUGACAUCAUCACUUUAGUACUCUAUUAGCAUAACAUGAGCAUGUCCUUUAGCAGAAACAUCCCCUUUAGUUUGAAACAAACACAUGACAGGAGCAGCAUUAUUAGUCCAUGGUUCACAAUCAGUCAUCACCUAUCUUGGACUGGAUUUCCCUUCAUCAUAUUCUCAAGCCCUAGGAUUUCAAUUCCCAUGGAAAGCAAUUUUUUGGUUCCAUAACAAUAUUUUUUAUAUUUUGUGAAAUUCAUGGGAACCCAUCUCUUAAAUGUUUUUAAAUUUUGGCGCUGGACACCGGCGCCAUAAACCAGCAAUGUAUAAUUCCUGAUGGAACUGAUAGAUGCUAAACAUUUUAGUGUCAUAUAUGAGUCGUACCUAAUGAAUUGCCCAAGUAGUUAAGUAUCUGUCUGAAAAAAUAAUGAAUUUCUGUAAAUGGACCCCUAAGGCUGAAAAAGGCACUGCGAAACUAUUUUCUGGUUCUGUUACUGUAGACCACGGUAAAUACAUGGUACCAGAAACUUUCGUUACUGCGAAAUCCUAGGGCUCGUAUUCUUCAAAUAAAGCCAAACUAUUAAAGUGUACCAAGCGCUUGAUGGCAGCUUAAUAGAGUCGAAAACAAUGGGAGAACUCUUGUUGGGACAGCCAAAAGGUGGCCACGGCAGCUUGAUAGAGGUGGCUGCUUAGUGGAGGCAAUUAUUUCGAGACUACUACUUAAUAGAGGGUGCUGGCCUCGUAAUGGCGGUUCAACUGUGUUUUUCAUUUAAUCAUUACUAUAACAAAAUCCUCAAAUCUAAUGGCUAUCAACUGUCCUGAUUUCAGCACUAAUAGGACAGUGUAAUAGGACAGUACAUUGCUCGUGCGCACUUAAAUGCCCUUUUUAUUUUACUGCUGGAAAAAAACUCUUGGGAUUUCUUUUGUUUGAAUUUUAAAAAAGCCUUAAACAUCACAAAUUUUGUUACGGUUAUAAAUAAUUGGUAACAGAACUUCGUGUCGUCCAAUUCAGUCUGUAAUCAUACUCAGACUUUGUUAAUCACUUGUAUGAUUACAGACCGAAUUGGACUCCAUUCAGUCCUAUUACUAUUAUUUAUUAAAGGGCUAGCUUGGGGCCGUCAAUUUCUGUCAUUAGUGGUAUGAAAGGUAACCUGCACCACAGACAAAAUUAAACCCCUUGUCAAGUCACAUGAAACUUACACAAAGCACAGUGCUGGACUUGGCAGGAGCAAUAUCAUUUUGACAUUCGAUCGUUGUUACCAGCACUCCGUAACCUUUGGUUAUUACUAGUUUUAAGCUUUUCUUUCAGAUUUCAGAAAAUUUUGUAGAUGAAACCAGAAAAAAGCAAUUUUCAUGCAUGAUGUCACUGUUUUACACCAGUCUGGGACCAGAUCGUUUUAGCAAAUUUUUCUUAGACCACCUAUAAGCUGUAUGUCCUGACUGUUUCAUAUCUUGAUAUACACACACAGGCCCAUGAACCAAUGGUCAGGAAAAUUGGCCAUUAUCAUUAAUUUCAUUGCCUUUUGUGGCAAUCAGCAGUGUUGUACAGAUAACUACAGUGGUGUUGAUUGUAUGAAGUUUUGGAUCUUUGGGACCAGAUAAACUCUCUGUAAUGAAAUGGUGUCCAUGACAAGGGGUUUGAUUGUGACUUUAAUACAGAAGGGUGUUGUUUUUUUCAUCGAAAUGAUUUCUAUGUUCCCUUUUGUCUGUAGAGUGCCCUCCAGGUAAUGACAGGGAGACGAACAGUGCCUAAUGUGUUCAUUAAGGGAACAAGCAUUGGUGGAGGAUCAGAAACCGCUGAACUGUACCAGUCUGGCAAGUUAAAAGAAAUGCUGCAAGAGCAAGGAAUUGUAAAGUGA